CUUAUAUUAAUCGGGUACCCGAUCAGCUAAGGGAAAUUUUACUUUCAGCGGCUAUCCGACCAGCUAGUUGUAGACAAGUGAGAUUCAAGUUGAGAUACUUACCAUGUUUCUUGCUUGGCAUUUAUAUCUAUGUACAAGAAGCACAAACCGUCUUCAGGAUGAAACAAACUCAGAAAACCAGACUGCAGAUGCCGAGACAGACAGUCGUCAACCUAAAUCAAAAUCAGAAAAACAGACUGUAGAUACCAAUACAGAUAGUAUCAAUGUGAAUAGCUUCAGGGAUGUGAGAAGUGACGUAACAAAGAGAUUUCAUUAUGAUGGUGCAUGUAUGGUUUACCAUAUUAUCAUUUCUAAAAGAAUAAUUAAAACCUUUAAGUCUGUCCAAUCAGAAAAUAAAUGGCACCAAGACAUUUUACUUAUGAUCCAACAAUUGAAAGAGGAAAAGGGUCGUGAAAUAGCAACGUCGAAACUGAUAAUCAAACGAUUGGAAGAGGAGAAAAAAGAAACGGGUCGUGAAAACGCGACGUUGAAAUGUUGGCUUCAAGAUAUUGACCAAAGAGUUAUGAAGUUGGAGGCAGCUAGUAAUCCGAGAAAACAGACUGACUGUCAAGUGUCUGUUAAAAUACCAGAUGUAUGUUCCCAUGGCAACGGUCAACAGCAAAUUCAUCCAAAUAUCAUUGAUACUGUCACCGAUUUGGGUUCUACGGCUAACGAAGAAGAAGAUACCAUACCCAAGACAAGACCGUACUUUCUUACCUUACACGAGGCGUGCCUAAAGGGGGAUUUAAAUAAUGUUAAAGGUUUAAUUGACUCUGGCCAUGAUGUAAAUAAGAGGUAUGAAUGCGGCAUGACACUAAUAUUAUAUUGCAGUCAAUCCCAAAUUGAACCCGUUUCUAAAAUUAAACUGAUACUAGAUAAAGGUGGUAAUAAAUAUGAUACAGAUAAUUGGAAUGACAAUAUAUUACACCUAGCUUGUGGGUCUGGUCUUCUUGAUACAGUAGACUACUUACUUAAACUGGGUUUCGACAUUCAUAGCAAGGGUUUUAAUGGCCUAACACCACUAUUACACUGCGGUGCAUCACAAAUAGAACCCGUUUCUAAAAUAAAAAUGAUAUUAGAUAAAGGUGGAAAUAUCGAUGAUAGAGAUACAUACAAUAACAGUGUGUUACACCGUGCUUGUGAGUAUGGUUGUCUUGAAACUGUAAAGUACUUAUUAGAACUGGGUUUAGACAUCCAAAGCAGGUGUUUUGUCGGCCAAACACCAAUAUUAUAUAGCAGUAAAUCACAUAUUGAACCUGUUUCUAAAAUUAAACUGCUACUAGAUAAAGGUGGCAAUAUAGAUGAUACAGAUAAACAUAAUGACAAUUUAUUAUUCCUAGCUUAUAACUAUGGUCGUCCGGAAACUGUAAAGUUCUUACUAGAUCUAAACGUGUAUAAAUGGUCGACUCGACACUGUUUUGUGCCAAUCCCUCCGUCCUGCAAAACCGACAAGGCGAAGUAUCGGAGAACAUUCUAGGCCAUCACUGGGGGUGAACCCGAAAACUCCUGGUGAAUGAGCGCGCGUCUUACUCACCGAGCUACUACAGCUCCCUAUUUAAAACAAAAUUUUGCCAACUGGAUUAAUGAAGACAGGUAGGAAAGUUGAAGCUUCAGGUCAAAUGGCAUUGUGUGACGUUAGUUCAUGAAUGUAUAUUUGUUGCUAGAGUUACACUAAUUCUAAACGAAUGCGAUAAAAUUGUUAACUGUUUGUAUUUUAUUCUUUCAAUAUUUCAUUCGUUCAUUAUUCAUUCAUCCAUUCAUCAUUUAAAGAUUUCUAUUAUUCUUAUGUUUCUAUUAAUCCUUCGUUAUUAAUUAGACGUUAAACUACUCAUCUAAUGACAGGAAGUUGACAGCUGACACAUUAAUGAGUUCAAUUACUACCAUAUUGUUUUAUUUUACUGUAAUAUGUCUUUCAUAUUUUAAUCUUUCCUCUUUAAAUGUUAUUAGUAACCUUGGUGUAUUCCUAAGAUACCAUUUUAUUAUAAAUACCAAUUUGUACAUUGACAAAGAUUCUAGGUUUUAUCCCGUUUCCAUGACAGUUAAUCUGCUUGUCGGACGUGCUGUUCCCCGUAUAUGAUGUUUAAUGUUUCCGGUAAUAAAUAGUAUCAAGCAUAGUUCCAGUCUUUAAUUAUUACCGAAGAUUUCCACUGUUACAGUAUGUCCUGUUUAUGGUCAAGCCAAAUGUUUUACUAUAACUUUGACGACAUUUUGUUACGAAACUUAUUUAUUAAUUGUAAUAUAUUCAAGAGAUUAUAUUAAACAUACAUUAUGCAAGAGUUAAAUCUGCCUGUUGCAGGUCUUUCUUUAGGCCUGAAAUGUUAUCUAAAUUAUUAAUUAGACAUUAAUUAACUCAUAAUCAACUCUCGAUGGCAUCGGAUAUCUCCGAUAUUAAAUGAAUUAGAACAGUUCAGCCAUAUUUUGAUUUAAGCUAAAAAUGGAAGAGCGAAACUUGGUUUCGAAAAACCAGUACGGUGGUUGGAAUUAUUGCACACGUCUUGUAAAACCUUCAAAGGCUAAUGUCUUCGC